AAGAAGAAGAAGAAAAAGAAGAAACCUAAAAAGAAAAAGGUAGAACAAAGCGAUCCUCCUCGUAUUGGACUCUCGAAGUUUUACCCGGACGGUAUCUAUCCCGAGGGUGAACUCCAGCCGUAUAAAGAUGACAACACCUGGAGAAUUACGUCCGAGGAGAAACGAUACGAGGAGAGAGUGAUCAACGAAGAUCCGGAGGCAACCUAUCAAAAUAUUCGAAGAGCAGCGCAAGUCCAUCGACUCGUCCGCAAGCAUGCCCGGAAAUAUAUUCGCCCUGGAAUGUCCACGACGGAAAUUGUUGAAAACAUCGAAGAUGGAACCCGGGCACUCGUGGAAGAGAACGGGCUUGAGUCUGGAGUUGGUUUCCCGACAGGCGUCAGUUUGAAUAAUUGCGCGGCUCACUACACUCCCAAUGCUGGUGACACCAGAGGCAGGCUCAUGUCUGGAAAUGCAGUGCUUCAGCAAGGUGAUGUCCUGAAAGUGGACUUUGGUGUACAUGUGAAAGGGCGAAUACUUGACUCCGCCUUCACGAUGACCUUUGAUCAUACUUACGACAAGCUUAUCGAAGCCGUCAAGGCUGCCACAGACACUGGUGUUAGGGAAGCAGGCAUCGACGUUCGCCUCGGCGAGCUUGCAGGAACCAUUCAGGAAACCAUGGAAUCUUAUGAGGUUGAAGUCGGAGGCAAGGUGUAUCCUGUUAAACCCAUUGAGAACUUGAGCGGUCAUUCCAUCAACCCUUAUCAGAUCCAUGGAGGAAAGUCAAUCAUGCUAGUUAAGAAUGAUGACCAGACCAAAAUGGAAGAGGGCGAAUAUUUCGCAAUUGAAACAUUUGGUUCUACGGGCCGUGGUCGGAUCGUUGAAAGCGGAGACUGUUCUCAUUACGCGAGGGUAUACGAUGCACCGCAUGUGCCCUUGAGAUUGACCUCUGCAAAGUCACUGUUGAAGACGAUCAACGAGAGUUUCGGAACUUUACCUUUUUGUCGCCGCUACUUGGACCGCAUUGGCGAGAGUAAAUAUUUGUUGGCGCUGAACCACCUAGUGUCACAAGGUGUAGUGCAAGACUAUCCUCCGUUGUGUGAUCAGCUUGGAUCGAUGACGGCCCAAUUUGAGCAUACGAUCUUACUACGGCCGACAGUGAAGGAAGUUGUGAGUCGGGGAGAAGAUUACUGA